CACGCCCCGUGCCCUCAGUCUCGCCCGCUAAGGCUUUCCUGCCUUCGCUCCCACCACCCCGGUCUUUCCACCCUCCAGGCCCCGCCUCGCCGCUGCGCUUCUCGCCUCCUCUAGCUCUGAGGGCGAACUGCGUGUUGCUGCGUCAUCGCCAGUGGCCGGUUUGAAUGAGGCUGUCGUCGCACCGGAGCCGCCGCUGAUACCGUGCCUCUGUCUUGGCUGCUGCCAUAGCUUCUGCGUGUCCCUUUCCCCGUCGCCGCCUUUACCAGGCCAGCCUUCCUGCGCCACCGCCUUUCCUCUCGUCCCGCCAUGCCGUUGUACUCGGUUACUGUGAAAUGGGGAAAGGAGAAAUUCGAAGGUGUGGAAUUGAAUACCGAUGAACCUCCAAUGGUGUUCAAGGCUCAGCUUUUUGCAUUGACUGGAGUCCAGCCCGCCAGACAGAAAGUUAUGGUGAAAGGAGGAACACUGAAGGAUGAUGAUUGGGGAAACAUCAAAAUAAAAAAUGGAAUGACUCUACUAAUGAUGGGCUCAGCAGAUGCUCUUCCUGAGGAACCCUCAGCUAAAACUGUCUUCGUAGAAGAUAUGACAGAAGAGCAGUUGGCAUCUGCUAUGGAACUACCAUGUGGAUUGACAAACCUCGGUAACACUUGUUACAUGAAUGCUACAGUUCAGUGUAUUCGUUCUGUGCCUGAACUCAAAGAUGCCCUUAAAAGGUAUGCUGGUGCCUUGAGAGCUUCAGGGGAAAUGGCUUCAGCACAGUAUAUUACUGCAGCCCUUAGAGAUUUGUUUGAUUCCAUGGAUAAAACUUCUUCUAGUAUUCCACCUAUUAUUCUACUGCAGUUUUUGCACAUGGCUUUUCCACAGUUUGCAGAGAAGGGCGAACAAGGACAGUAUCUUCAACAGGAUGCUAAUGAAUGUUGGAUACAAAUGAUGCGAGUAUUGCAACAGAAAUUGGAAGCCAUCGAGGAUGAUUCUGUUAAAGAGACAGAUUCUUCAUCUGCAUCAGCAUUGACACCUUCCAAAAAGAAAAGUUUAAUUGAUCAGUUCUUUGGAGUUGAAUUUGAAACUACCAUGAAAUGUACAGAAUCUGAAGAGGAAGAAGUCACUAAAGGAAAGGAAAGUCAGCUUCAGCUUAGCUGUUUUAUCAAUCAAGAAGUCAAGUAUCUUUUUACAGGACUUAAAUUGCGACUUCAGGAAGAAAUCACCAAGCAGUCUCCAACAUUGCAAAGAAAUGCUUUGUAUAUCAAAUCAUCCAAGAUAAGCCGACUGCCUGCUUACUUGACUAUUCAGAUGGUUCGAUUUUUUUAUAAAGAGAAAGAAUCUGUGAAUGCUAAAGUUCUUAAGGAUGUCAAAUUUCCUCUUAUGUUGGAUGUGUACGAACUGUGUACACCAGAACUUCAAGAGAAAAUGAUCUCUUUUCGAUCAAAAUUCAAGGAUCUGGAGGAUAAAAAAGUGAAUCAGCAGACAAAGACAAGUGACACAAAGAGUAGUCCCCAGAAAGAAGUUAAGUAUGAACCUUUCUCUUUUGCUGAUGACAUUGGCUCCAAUAAUUGUGGAUACUAUGAUUUACAAGCAGUUCUAACACAUCAGGGAAGGUCUAGCUCUUCAGGUCAUUAUGUAUCAUGGGUGAAAAGGAAACAAGAUGAAUGGAUUAAGUUUGAUGAUGACAAAGUCAGCAUUGUGACACCAGAAGAUAUUUUGCGGCUUUCUGGUGGCGGAGACUGGCAUAUAGCUUAUGUUUUACUCUAUGGGCCUCGCAGAGUUGAAAUAAUGGAAGAGGAAAGUGAACAGUAAUCUUCAUUUCAGCUGUUUAUGCUUAGGUGUGAAAUAAAUGUUAUUUGUUGAUCAUUUUUAUAAUUCCGAACUUUAGAGGAAGAUAUGUAAGUGGUUUUAUUUCCCCCCUCAUGUGAAACAGAGAGGGUAGAAGCAGACCGCUCUGUAUCAACCUAGAAAAUUACAGAAAAAAUUGCCUUUGGAAUGUGCUGCCCUGAAUAAAGGUGGCAGGAAGACAUUUUUAAAAAGUUUAUUUCUUCCAUAAAUUAAAAAAAAAUCUGAGUUGAAAUGCCUUUCAACCAUUACCUUCUGUGGUAAUUUCCCCUGCCUUUUUCAAUUUAAGAUUCAGCAGAGAUGUUUAUUGCACACCUAUUACUGUUAUUUGUUGUUCUUGCAUGGUUCAAACCACAGGUAAUUCAGUAGCUGUCCAUCCUUUGCCUUAUCUAACAAAUUUUGCCAGGAAGAUGGAAAAGAAGUGUCGUUCUCAUUGUAUCUCAGUGCUGCUGUCCAUAUCCCACCCAUGGAAACAUGGGUCCAAUCAAGUAUUUGUCCAGCCUGAUUGUUGCUGGCUGUUCAUGACUUUCAAAAUAAAUUGUGAUCAAUAGUACAUUUGAUUAUACAUUUAUUACUGUGUCUCUGAUGUACUAUGGUUUGUAUGUUUAACUUUGCAAUGGUUUUGUAGUAAUCAACCUUAAAAAAUGUUGACAGGCUCUGGUUGCUUAUUUUUAGAAAACGGGGAUAUUUAAUAAAAAAAGGGAUUAACAGUUUUUUACCUCAAGUCUUUUUGUCUGUUGAGUUGGCUGAAGUUCUGAUGUUAAUUCUGGUUAGUUUUUCUGCUGUUAAGCAUCCAUUUUAAAACAUGAUCUUUUGCCUGUUAGCAUUCUGUUUAAAAAUACAAAGUUUAAGAGCAGUGGAGUUUUUUGAAUGCAGAAUGCAGUGAUGUUAUCAGUCAGAUCUGUUCCUUGGCUCAGUUUAUUUUUAUAUUGCUGUCAGUUCCUAAAAUCUUCAUGUGUAUUUCACUAAUUUUUCAAGUGGAGGUAGAAAUAUCAAAGUAUGCAGUAUUUCAAUAUGGUAGGUUUAAUAUAUUCUAAUUAGUUCCUCUUUUCUUAGGAACCUUGAUUGUUAGAUAAUGAUAGAAUAUUACCUCAUUGGUCUCUGAUUUUUGAGUUGGGUAUUUAUGAUUAAGUUUUGGGGAUUAUCAUGAAAUCUCAUCUUUGCUUAUGCUCGUUUAAUGCACUGCAGAGCACAGCACUGAUAACUAGUAGAUUCCUAGAGAAUAAUGGCCAGUGUGAUAUAAUCUGAGAACACUAGGGGUAAAAAAUAAGCAUUUAAAGGACUUAUUUGUAAAUAGCUUUUUCAGCUAAUCUUUAAUUCCUUUAAUUUUUGGCAAUCAUUACUCUUCCUUUGCUUUGGGGGAGGGUGCAGAAUAGAAGGGGAAAUGAGACUAAGAAUUGUGAUGUUUCUUGUAUAUAUUAGUGUGAUACUUGUAAUAUUGCAGUUCUUUUAAUUCACUGUCUUAUUUGGCCUGAAUAAAUUUUAUGACAUAA